AUGUAUGGAGUCGCUCCACUUGAGACAAUUGGCCUCUUCGGCUUUGCAUGGACGAGUCUCGGACCUGACUACGGCAUUCCCUGGAUUGCCCCCAUGAUCGCCGCCUCCGCCACGGGCGGCAAUGAUCUCGCGCGUGAUUUCCUGGCUGGUAUUGCCGCUCUGUACAGCGCUCCCUUCUACGAAAAUAUCGGCAAGAAGUACGUUCUCGAAUAUCCAUCGACGGUCCUCGCCUGUCUCUCCGUCGUCGUUAUUAUUCCCAUUUACCUCUUCUACUGGAAAGGGGAGUGGUUCCGAAACCGCAGUAAGUUCGCCAAGGAACUGAAUGCCGGACGCAAAGACGCGGUCGAGAGAAGGAGGAGUUCUGCUGCAGCUCUGAGGAAUAGGAGGACUCUUGGAACGGCAAGCGAAAAAGAUGGAAUGAGACACCGAGCAAGUACCCAUGCCGAGGACGUCAGACACAUCGAACAAGUCUGA